CCAACAGGCGUCCCUCUCCCUCUAGCUUUGUCCCUCUCCGACGGGUGUGUUUGCGGCUUUCAGCUAGCUGUUCAUCUUUUGAAAUUCUCUUUUAAUUCUAAGUUUUCAGGUUAUCUCUGUUUGCUGUAAUAUCGAGGUUCCUUUUCGUUUUUCUUGGUAAAGGUGAUCAUGGAGAAUGUGAAAGACAAGGGUAAAACCUCCAAACCACAAUCAGAAACAAAUGCUUUAGCUAAGAAAAGUGAAAUUCAGGCGACUACUUUUGAGACAAUGGAGACUAAUGUUGAAGAAGCUAUUGUUGUUCCAAUCAAAAAAAAAGAAGCUAUUGUUGUUCCAAACAACAAGAAUAAGGAGGAAGUAUUAAAAGAAAGGGAUUGUAAGGAAGAAAAUGCAAAAAAAAGGAUCAAAACUGAUAUGAGAAUGAGUAAAGAAGCAAAAAGUGGAGGAAAAGUAGAAAGGAAUUCUACCAAAAAGAAAAAGGUCAUCAAGACGAAGAAAACAAGUAAAAAGAAAACACUAGAGGAUACUAGUGCCAAGGCAACAAAGGAAGCAGAUAAGCCCGAAUCUUCGAAGAAGAAGGCUGAUAGUUUUGGAAUGAUUUUCAUGUGUAGUUCCAAAACGAAGAAGGAUUGCUACCAUUACAAGGUUUUUGGGCUUCCUGCAAGUAAGAAACAAGUAGUGCAAAAGAUUUAUAAAGGCAUGAGGUUGUUUUUGUUUGAUUUUGAUUUGAGAUUGAUGUAUGGGAUCUAUAAAGCUACAGGACCUGGGGGUUAUAAUAUUGAGCCCAAAGCUUUCAAAUCUUCGUUCCCGUCUCAGGUCCGGUUCUCUGUUUUGGAAGAUUGCUUGCCGUUGGCUGAGGAAAAGUUCAAGAAGGUCAUCAAAGAUAACUACUAUAAGAAGAACAAGUUCAACUGUGAAUUGAAUUCAGAUCAGGUGAAGAAUUUGUGCAAGCUCUUCCAAGCUGCUAGCAAGGGCCCCAAGUCCAAGGAUUCGGGAAGAAGUCUCAGAGGAGAAGGCCGUACAGCUUCAGAUCGGCAGAGAAGAACCCAGCUAGGUCGAGAAGAAGAAAGGCACCCUGUAUUGCAUGAGGACCGUCUUUAUAAGGAGCCUCCUGCUCUAUAUGAGAGGGAGGUGUACACAUCUCCAAGGGCAUCACGGCCUCUACAUGCCCCAUUGCCUCUUCCGCCAGCUGCUGCAAUCCCUCCCCCAUCAUAUGCUUAUAAAAGGCCGUUAGAAAUGGAAGUCUACAGAAGAGAACCACUCCUUGGUGGUUAUGAUCGACAGCAUCUAGACUUGGAAAUGAGGCGUCAAGAUGAUAUUGAAUACCGUGAUCCCUAUGUGCGAUACAGAGAACCUCCUUUUUCCCAUGAUCUGAUAUAUUCUGGUGGCCGGUCAUCUGGAUACCAUCCUCCUGCAGGUCUUCGACCUGAAUAUUAUCCUCCAGCUGGCCCAUCAUCUAAACACCAUCCUCCUGCAGGUCUUCGACCUGAAUAUUAUCCAGCUGGCCCAUCAUCUGAACACCGCCCUCCUGCAGGUCUUCGACCUGAAUAUUAUCCUCCAGUUGGCCCAUUGUCUGAACAUCGUCCUCCUGCAGGUCUUCGACCUGAAUAUUAUCCUCCAGCUGGCCCAUUGUCUGAACAUCGUCCUCCUGCAGGUCUUCGACCUGAAUAUUAUCCUCCAGCUGGCCCAUCAUCCGAACACCAUCCUCCUGCAGGUCCCCCGCUGGAAUACUAUACUCUUGCUGGUCCAUCAUCUGAAUACCUCUCUGCAGGAUGGCAACCUGAGUAUCUUCAUCUUCGAUCAUCAUAUCGUUAGUAGAUCCCAAUCUGAGAUUGGUAAAAAUCUGUUGUUCAAUUUUCCCGAACAGUUCUUAUUCAGUACUCAUGGAGAGCUUUGCUUCAUGUUUUCAAUUAGUUUCUUAACAACAUAGUGACUUUCAAACAAGGUUAGCUAAUGCUGCUUGCUUUAAUGGAUACUUAAACAAUUGAUUUGUAUGAAGUAAGUGGGAAUUUGGUUGGGAGAAACCUCUUAAGGUUGGUUUUGAUUGUGCAAUAUUUUCUGCAUUUUGUUUAGUUUAAUGGAGCAUGUUGAAUUCUGUUGUUUUGUUAUCACAGCAUGGUCUGCUUUGUUAUUAGCACCCCGAUUGGUGGGUUCAAUGGACCAUAUGUUUGCUGUGACAGAAUUUUUGAAAGCAAAGAACUAUUUUUAGCUUAUAAAAA